GCAGGGACGUGCCCGUUCUGCAACUGGGCUCCGGCAGGUCCCUGGAGGGGGAUGGCACGCCGCGGCCGCCCAUGUUCCACCGAGGGGGCUUCUUGUGAAAAAAACCCUGGCUUUCCCCCCUGCCCUCGCGUGCUCGCAAUCUGUCUUCCCCUCCGUCUGCCCGUCUCUCCCCUCCUCUUGACAAGUAGAGGAGCGAGGGAGAACACGCUACCUGAUGGACCGAAUGACGGAGGACGCCCUGCGCCUGAACCUCUUGAAGCGGAGCCUGGACCAAGCCGACGAGCGGGAUGACGUCCUGGCCAAGCGGCUGAAGAUGGAAGGGCACGAGGCCAUGGAGCGCCUCAAGAUGCUGGCGCUGCUCAAGCGGAAGGACCUGGCGGGCAUCGAGGUGCCCCACGAGCUGCCCGUCAAACAGGACGGCCUGAAAGUCUACGAGGAGAAGCUGAACGGGAACCUGCGGCCCCACGCGGACAGCCGGACUUCGGGCAGGCCGGGGAAGGAGAACAUCAAUGACGAGCCGGUGGACAUGAGUGCAAAGAGGAGCAGCGACCAGGACAGGGGGCGGCUAACCCCCUCGCCGGACAUCAUUGUCCUUUCCGACAAUGAGGCUUCCAGUCCCCGCUCCAGUUCCCGGAUGGAGGAGAGGCUCAAGGCUGCCAACCUGGAGAUGUUCAAGGGCAAAGGCGUCGAGGAAAGGCAGCAGCUGAUCAAGCAGCUCCGGGACGAGUUGCGGCUGGAGGAGGCCCGGCUGGUGCUGCUCAAGAAGCUGCGGCAGAGCCAGCUGCAGAAGGAGAACGUGGUACAGAAGACUCCGGUGGUUCAGAAUGCAGCCUCCAUCGUUCAGCCAUCUCCUGCCCAUGUCGGACAGCAGGCUCUGUCCAAACUUCCCUCCCGGCCUGGAGCUCAGGGGGUCGAGCCCCAAAACCUCCGAACAUUACAGGGUCACAGCGUCAUCCGGUCAGCCACCAACACGGCCCUCCCCCACAUGCUUAUGUCUCAGCGUGUCAUCGCGCCGAACCCCGCCCAGCUCCAAGGGCAGCGCGUCCCCCCGAAACCAGGCCUCAUCCGCACCACCACUCCGAGCAUGAGCCCAGCCAUCAGCUACCAGCCGCAGUCCAGCUCGGCCGUCCCUUGCCAGCGCACGACGUCCUCGGCCAUCUACAUGAACCUUGCCUCCCACAUCCAGCCGGGCACAGUGAACCGGGUCUCGUCGCCGCUGCCCAGCCCCAGCGCCCUCAACGAUGCCGCCAACUCCCAGGCGGCCGCCAAGCUCGCCCUGCGCAAGCAGCUGGAGAAGACCCUCCUGGAGAUCCCGCCCCCGAAGCCGCCCGCCCCCCUGCUCCACUUCCUGCCCAGCGCGGCCAACAGCGAGUUCAUCUACAUGGUGGGGCUGGAGGAGGUGGUGCAGAGCGUCAUCGACAGCCAGGGCAAAGGCUGUGCCUCCCUCUUGCGGGUGGAGCCCUUUGUCUGUGCCCAGUGCCGCACGGACUUCACGCCGCACUGGAAGCAGGAGAAGAACGGCAAGAUCCUGUGCGAGCAGUGCAUGACCUCCAACCAGAAGAAGGCGCUCAAGGCCGAGCACACCAACCGGCUGAAGAACGCCUUCGUCAAAGCGCUGCAGCAGGAGCAGGAGAUAGAGCAGCGGCUACAGCAGCAGGCAGCCCUGUCGCCCACUGCCGCUCCCGCCGUGUCCAGCGUCAGCAAGCAGGAGAGCAUCAUGCGACACCACACGCUCCGCCAGGCACCGCAACCCCAGAGCACUCUGCAGCGCGGAAUCCCCACCUCGGCCCGCUCCAUGCUGUCCAAUUUUGCGCAGGCCCCACAGCUCUCCGUCGCAGGCGGCCUCCUUGGCAUGCCAGGUGUCAACAUCGCCUACCUGAACGCCGGGAUCGGGGGCCACAAAGCAUCGAGUCUGGCGGACCGGCAGAGGGAGUACCUUUUAGAUAUGAUCCCGCCGCGCUCUAUAUCGCAGUCCAUCAGUGGGCAGAAAUCACCCCAGCUGUGCCCGCGCCCCUCCCCUGCCCCCUCGCCCCUCCCCCCUCAUCCGCCGCAUGCAGUGCCUGGAUUGGUGCCUAUUAAACGUGGAGGAAAAGAAAAAAAGACAAAAAAAAAAGAGAAGAGAACAUUUCCAGUCUUCAGAGACCUUCCCUCGUCUCUCCUCGCCUUUGCAUUUCAUUCGUGGGGAGAGGCCCCAUUUCCCCCCCGCCCGAGGUCAGAACGUGUCUGCUUGGAUCCUGCACUAUACAUGUGUUAAUUAAUGCUUGUUUUAAUGCUCCUUUUUCUUUCCCCCCACCCCCCCUUUCGUAAUGACAAUGCAUAGAAUUUUUAAUUGUUGUGUUCUUAUUUUUAAUGACUUUUUUUUUCUCCCCUUUUGCUUAAAUGAGAA